AUGUUCAUCAACUCCCUCCUCGUCCUCCUCUUCCUCCCUAUCUUCGCUCUCUCUCAGAAUGCUACACGGAUAGUCAUCACCUCAACUUCCCUUUCUGCCUUUGUCACGCAGGGCAGCACAGCGACGAGCACCUUCGUCUUCACCACUACUCAACAAGUUGUCCUUUCCCCCAAUUCCACCGCUUCAUCAAAUUCCAGUGCAUCCGCCACCGCUAGCGGUAACGCUACCAGCUCAUCGAGAACCACGACGUCCCAAAAUCUUCCCACUGCUCCUACAAGCAUUGACGGAGGUGGAGGGAAUGGUGCGCCUGUCCCGGGUGCUACUGGAGGGGCUUAUGGCCCAGGUGACGGCUACAUCGCUGCCGCGAUAGCUCUCAAGCAAAACGCUUUAGCUGUUGGCGUCGCUGGAUUCGUUCUGGGAGGAGCAUUGCUCGUGCUAUAGGACAAUGACACAGACAUUUUGAGCUAUGCUCCAACUAAAUUACUCUUACGGUCUCUAAUUUGCAUCGUAUAUCUGGACAUUUUCCUUUAUACCAGUUACGCACACAUAGACAGUUACACGAAUUUAUGGCUUUUACAUGGCACAGCAAUGUCCAUUUUAGCC